GCGUGUCACAGUCAAUAUGGCUGCGCCCUUCAGCAAGGUGGUAAUUUUUUUAAACAAUCUUUAAAAAUCAGUUGCUGGAUAGUUUCGGACACAUUUGUGAGUUAAAAUUAUUUCUUUAUAGCCACACCUAUGUUUUCGUUAACAGGCUGUAUGUAACGGACCAUUCGACCCUUUAUUAUCUGGUUUUAAGAUCAUACAGUAUUUAGCUCAAGACCCUAAGAGACUUAUUUACUUUCUUAAAUAGUGUUAUUUAGUUUUGUAGGUUAAAACACAGUCCUUAUUAGCCAUAGCAGCUUUUUAAGUUACAAAUACGAUUUGCAGGUCGUGUUGUUGUAGUCGCAUUAGGAGGAAAUGCUGCUAAAAAAAUAGAUUGCGACGUGAACCUAUUACAAAAUAUGAAAUUUCACCAAAAUUAAGCACUGCUUAUCGUUAUCCCAUUCAAGCCGAAUUCAAGAAUACAUUCGCGGGGAACAGAAUAUGUCCCAAUAUAGUGAUUAUAGCGGUAUAUUUUGUUGUAUGAACCAAAUGUAUAUACAAUUAUAACAUUGUUGAAUGGGAUUUAGCCGAAUGUUUCUUCCGGACGAGAGAGGAACAUGUGUCAAAGCCAAAUCAUAACGAGAUCUGUUUAUCCGGCCACAGAGUGACUCUUCCAAAUAAAUUGAGGAAACACAAUGGCUUACAGAAGAGCUUUAAACUUUCUUCCAAGAAAAAAGAAAUGUGCAUUUAGUCUGUGGCUACCUUGUUUUCAGAAAGCACCGAUUCCCAUCAGGAAAACUGACAUAUUUCAUGAACACGCCAAUAAUCACUUUGGCAGAACUAUAAGAACUUUUCACACUGGUACACCUCUGAUGGUGGCCAAGUUACUGUCAGUGGAUGAGCUUUUUGCCAAGAGGUCUCUGCAGGAAUACCUGAAGAAGAUGGAGACGGAGUACAGUGAAUGUUUGAGAGCAGUCAACAGCGAUAUGACAGAGGAGCAGUGCAGUGAGGACGACCUGAGGACCAAGAGGACCAAAGUGUCCCUGCUGGGUCUUCUUGUACAGAGCAUCAGAGAACUGGACACGAAGCAAAAAGAGAUGGCUGAAACUGAGACGCUCCUGAAAGAUGAUGAUCCAGCCCUGCGAGAACUGGCGGAGCUGGAAAGUGAAGAAUGUUUGCAAGAUAUUCAAGAUCUUAGACAAAAGAUCCUGGACUUGUUGAUCCCUGAGGACGAGUCAGAUCCGUUCGAUCUCGUCCUGGAGGUUACAGCCGGUGUCGGGGGUCAGGAGGCCAUGCUAUUUACUGAUGAGGUGUUUGACAUGUACAAUGGCUACGCUCAGCACCACGGCUGGUCCUUUGACAUCUUGGAGCACGCACCCAGUGAAAUAGGUGGACUGCGUCACGCCUCGGCCAGCAUCAGUGGCCCUCAGAGCUACAAGAGGAUGAAGUUUGAGGCUGGAGUGCAUCGAGUUCAGAGGGUUCCCAAAACUGAAAAACAGGGCAGAAUGCACACCAGCACCAUGACUGUGGCUGUGCUGCCCCAACCCACUGAGGUCUCUUUCACAAUAAACACGAAGGACCUAAAGAUAGAAACUAAGAGAGCAAGCGGAGCUGGAGGUCAACACGUCAACACCACAGACAGUGCAGUCAGAAUCGUCCAUCUGCCCACAGGCGUGGUUGCAGAGUGCCAGCAGGAACGGUCCCAGAUAAAGAACAAGGAGAAAGCCAUGAAGGCUCUGAGAGCAAAACUGUACAGCAUGAAGCUAGAGGAGGAGACCAGCAAACGCUAUGACCAACGUAAAAUACAGAUUGGCACCAAAGGCAGAUCAGAGAAGAUUCGGACCUAUAAUUUCCCCCAGGACCGCGUGACGGACCACCGUAUCAGCAUGUCGCUGCACGACAUCAAAAGUUUCCUGCUGGGAGAGGAUCUGUUGGACCAGAUGAACUCCUCGCUACAGGAGUUCUCCAACCAGGAGACGCUCGCCGAACUGCUGGAAGAAAGCAACCAGGAGGGCUCUUGAGUUUGGAUGUGAGGAACAUGGAUUAGGACGGAAAGGAAACUUCUUGCUACAUGCAUAGAACUAAAGCUGUAAUAUUGGUCAUUCUUACUCUGCUUCAAAACCUAAGAAAAAGGACCAUGAUGGAUGACCAAGUCUUAAUGCUUCUGACAAACAAAAAGCCACUUUACAGUACAAACACAUGUUCAGGAGUGACAAGCAAAACAUAAAAGUGGCUAAUAAAAUGACUUAACUGUGGAGUAAUCAUAAGGUCUUGUAUUUGAACAUGGGAUGAAAUAACUGUGAAAGAGGUGAAAUGACUGUUGAGUAUGGAAUGCUAUUAAUGUCAUUCAUUCAUUCGUUAUCCAUAACCGAUUAUCUGAACUCGGGUUGCGGGGGACUGGAUCCGAUCCCAGCUGACAUUGGCAAGAGGCGGGGUAAACACGGGACAGGUCAUCAGACUAUCACAGGGCAGACACAAUUAAAUAAAUAAAUACAGCUAUGAAAUAAAUCCUCAAAUAAAUGUGAAUUUUUCAAAGACAUAAAGGGACUUUUCAUAAGUCUAUAUU